AUGCCCUGUCCCGCUUCCCCCGCUCUGAUCCCUCCCGAAUGCCCGUUCGUCUGCAGGCUGCUGGGCAGGGUGGCGAUGACAGGGGGGUACCGGCUGCUGUGUGAGCCAGUCAAGUCACGCACCAUCAGAGGCGUGGGGCGCCUGCACUUGGACGGCAGCAAGGACGAGGAGCAGCCAGAGGAGUGGGACAUGCAGUUCGCUGCAGGGGUCAAGGUCAUCGCGUUGAUCGGUGUACCCCAGGGCGUUCUUCAAAUUGCUGCCUGCACGCCGAUCAAACCCACCAAUGAGAUGAUUGCAAAGCUCCGAACCAAGUUCGAUGAGCUUCGGAAGCCCCCCCGAGUCAACCCCAUUCCGAACCUGCAAGCUACCCUUCCGAACCAAUCCCUCCUUCCAAACCAAUCCACACCUUCCCCAAACACCACCUCCGUAAACCCGGGGGGAGGCGGAUUCGGCUCCUCAGCAGGUGCUCUGCAGAGGGAGAAUUGGGAAGCGGGGAACGGAAUAGGGAUGAGUGGGCCAAGUGGACCAAGAAGUGAGGUUGGACUAGGAUUCGCAGGCAAGGUAUUGGGGGAGAGAGGGAAGGAUGAGUGCGGUGGUGGUGGUGGUGAUGGUAGUGGUGGUGGUGGUGGAGAUGAUGAUGCAGCUGAGGAGGGCACUGGCGAGUGGCGACCGGGGGAAAACGUGGGGGAUAGUAAUGAUGGAGGGGGGGUUGUGUGGGGUGUGGAGAGAGGGAGGGGGGCGUGUGAAGGGGGGCCAGGGCAGGACGUGUAUGAGCUGUCGUCAGGGCCAGGAGGGACGGAUAUGUCGGUGUGUGGAGGGGAAGUGGAUGCAGGGGAAGGGGGAGCUGCCAGUGGUGCCACUGGUGGUGGUGGUGGUGUUACUGGUGAUGCCUCUACUGUUUGUGGUUCUGGAGGGGUGGUAGCGGCAGGACAAGGAGCAGAGGGAAGAGCAGGAGCAGCGGUGACAGCAAGGAGGCCAGCAGCGGCACUUGCAGGGGCACUAGCAGGGCCCUCGCGCACACUCCACUCCCUUCACGCUUCCUCCUCCCCUCCGUCCGCGUCCCCCUCCUCUGCCUCCCCACCACAUGCACUCCCUCAUACACCCCCACAUGCAUCCGCACAUGCACCCCCCCUUCCGCCCACCCAUGGGUCCGCGCACCCCCUGCCCCCUUCCCACUCCCGCGCUCUCCCAGCAGCUCCGCUCCCCCGCCCUGCCUCCCGCUUCUUCCCCAAAUCCGCCUCUCUGCCUGGCCACCUCCCCCGGCCCCCACCACCUGCUGUUGCUGCUGCUAGCGGCGGCGGCGGUGGUGGUGGGGUUGGGGGGGAAAGGAUUGCUGCCAGUCCACUAGGUGUACAGGACGGACUAGAUGUGCUUGUAGAGGGCGGAGGGGGCAGUGACUUCCAAAUGGCUGCCCCUGACGAUGUGGAAGGGUUGAUGGGGCCGGGGAUUGGGAUGGGAGGAGAGGAGGAGUUAGGAGAGGAGUGGGCCAUGUUCUUAGAUGUGAUGGAUGCACCACCAAUACUGGAUGAUCUGGAUGAGGUAAUGGGCUCCACUAUUGCAUGA